AUGGCCGUCGGCAAGCGACCUGCUGCUGCCGUCCUCAACGCCGGCCACGUGAUGGAGCAAGGAUCAGAUGAUUACAACAGCAAGAGGAGGCGCGUCCGCGUCGGCAGCAUGGAGGAGUACGAGCCGACGGACGUCCUCGGCGAGGGCGCCUUCGGCAUCGUCAAGAAGGCGCGCCACUGCUUCACCGGCAAGACCGUGGCCAUCAAGUUCCUCCGCCCCGACACCGACGCCAGCGAGCUCCAAGAAGAGGGACGCUUCCUCGAGGCCUGCGCCGGAAACCCUUACGUCGUCGGUUCCUACGGCCUUGUUCGCGAACCGAACACCACCAAGCUCAGCCUCGUCAUGGAGUACGUCGGUCCGAGCCUCCACGCAUCCUUGUCCAAGAGGCCGCCGCUCCCGGAGGCCAUCGUGCGCCGCUACAUGUGGCAGCUCCUCACCGGCGCCCAGAAGAUGCACGAGCGCGGCAUCGUCCACCGCGACAUCAAGCCGGCCAACAUCCUCGUCGGGGAAGACGGAAAGAUCCUCAAGUUCUGCGACCUCGGGCUGGCCAUGUCCCUCGCGACGGAGAAGACGCCGUACUACGAUGCCGGCACGCCACCCUACAUGGCGCCCGAGAUGCUCCUGGGGAAGCCGGACUACGACGCGCGGGUGGACACAUGGUCGCUGGGAUGCGUCAUGGCGGAGAUGCUCGCGGGAGGCAAGAUGCUCUUCAGCGACAAGGGCGGAAGCAGGCACGCUGUUAAGAUCAGCCAGCUCUGGGAUAUCUUCAGCCUGCUUGGUUUGCCAGAUGAGAGGGCGUGGCCGGAGCUCGCGUCGCUGCCGCUCGCCGGCACGUUUCUGCGAUGGUUCCCGGCACGGCAGCACAACACGCUGGGGGAGCGGUUCCACGAAGAGAUGCUGUCCCACGACGGGUUCCAAGUCUUGAAAGGGCUUCUCGAGUGCAACCCUGAAAAGCGGCUGACGGCGGCCGCCGCGCUCCGACUCCCGUGGUUUUUGCCCGAGAUCGACAACUUACCAGUGCCCGGGAAGAUGGUGGUGCGGAUAAAGCUCUCUCUGCCGGCGACACUGAAGAAGAAGAAUCUGCAGCGGAUCAAGACCAUACCUCCGGGUCCGGCGACACAAAAAAUGAAGAAAGUGAAGCCGAUCAAGAACAUCGUCGCUCCAGCUACGCCGAAGAAGAAGGUGCCACGUAUCAAGUUCAUCACACGAGCGACACCGAAGACGGAGAAUGUACUUAGAAUUCCACUCGCGAUGUGGGAGAAGGCACGCUUGAUGGAUCCAUGUAAAUGCUAG